GCACUGGCAACCGGCACAAUGGUCUGACAAGAAAAAAAGAUUUCCUUGGUGUCUUUUAUCAAGAUAAUUAGAUACAGAGCUGCUUUAAAGAACACUUUCAAGUUUCUUAAGGUGUAUUUCUGAUAGGAAAUGGAUUGGUUUCACUGCAACAGUUGUUUCCUGAGGCGAGGGAACAACUUCGUAGUGUCCAGCUGUGGCCAUGUACUUUGUGAGAGCUGCAUCAAACCCAAUCACUGCUGCGUUUGUCAAUCCGGCUGCAGCUACCUGCCCAUAUCUGACCAGAUGAAACCCCAGGAGCAGAUGUUCUUCAGAGACCCUAUAAGCCUUAUUCAGGCCCGACUGGAGCAUAUUGCACAGAUUGCGACAUUCCAGAGAAAACAGAAAGAGAAAAUCAUGGCUUUCCACAAACACAAAUUUCUAGAGAUGGAAAGACGACUUAAGGAAGUCAAUAAACAGUGCCACAGGCAGGUGUCUGAGCUCAGGAAGGAGAAUGCCGAACUUAAGAAGCCUCUUUCCCAGAGGAGGGUAUCUCCUGGGACGUUCAAGGCUAACGGCAUUUCAAGAAUGACCUUACCAGUGGCUGUGACUUCUCCAGUCACUCCACACUCCAGGAGUGUAAGUCACUCAGGUUCUGGAGAUACAAUGGAAAGGUUUCAGCACUUCAGAUCCAGCAUGUCUCCACUGGAUUCAGCCAACUCUGUGUCCUCCAGGAGUUUAUUGACCGAGCAUGGAUUUAGAACGCCCACCUCUUCUACCACACCAGCGAGGUCAGACCACGUGACUCCGAACAUGUUCCAGUUCCAGUUGUUGCCUGGGGCAACAUUUCAGUCUCCCCCACCCUGGAAUAUGUAGUGUAUGUUAGGUCAUCGAAGGCGUGUUGUAAACCUGAGACUUGUCAAUGGAUUAUAGAAGUUUCAUUGAAAUUAGAAUGCAAUGGUUUUGAUGUAUCCUUGUUCUCUUAAGUUCCUAAGUUUUGAAAUGGGUAGUUGGUUAGAGACUGUUUGAAAAAGAUGGAACGUCAAUGGAAAUGUACUGUUUCUCAUUUGUACCUCUUUGAAAUCCCCAUUAAAAGGUUUCGAGUUCAA